AUCUAUAAAGGAACAAGAAAGAAAAAAAAUCGACAGCAAAGGGGGGAGGCUGAUACGCCGAGGCUGAAAUAGAGGGGAGCCCUGGGAAGAGGAGUGUAUUUAAAAUUCAUAUACACAAGACGGCCCCCUCCGCAUCGGCCCGAAAAAGGAGGGGGGGAAAGUCGCGGACGUUCGAAAAGAACGGACACUGGUCGACGGAAAGGAGAAUAACGCGUUUUAUUUCUGGAUAACGAGCUUAUAUUUUUGAUUCGUGGAGAAAAAAAUAUGGCCGAUAAUGGUCUGGACUCCGGCCCGCCUUCAGCCAAGAGGCCUAAACUCUCUUCGCCGGCACUUUCUGCCAGUGAUGGAAAUGACUUCAGCUCACUGUUUGACCUGGAGCAUGACCUCCCCGACGAGCUCAUCAGCUCAGAGCUGGGCUUGCCCAAUGGUGGAGAUCUGGGCCAGCUGCACACUGGCGUGGGUGGGGGUCCCCAUGGGGUGCAGGACGCAGCAGCCAAGCACAAGCAGCUGUCGGAGCUCCUGCGCUCCAGCGGGCCACCCGCACCUCCCUCUGGCCAGCAGGUGGCGGGGACGAGCCCGGGAGGGGGUGCGAUGGGGCUCCUGAGUGGCAUGAACGCUUCCCCGGGACCGGCCGGCAUGGGCGGCCCACCUCAGCAGCCCUCCCCUCAGCAUGCAUCCAUGAUGCACCCAGCUGGGAUGGGCGGGACCGGCAUGAUCAGAGGCAUGGCCGGAGUCCCGAAGGGGAAUGGACAGCAGCAGGCACCCACAUCGCAGCAGCAAGGCAUGAUAGGUGGACAGGUCAUGAAUGGAUCCCCCAGGAUGGGCUACCCAAACAUGACUCUGGGGAACAGCAUGCUGCCCGACACCUUACAACAACAGCAGCAGCAAAUGCAGGGUGGCCAGCAGCUCGGAGCAGCAGGGCAGGCUGGACUGAGGGGGCAGCAGCCUGGAGCAGUAAACAAGAUGGGCAUGAUGGGUAAUCCAGGCCCCUAUGGCAACCCUUACGGUCAGCCAGCGGGGCAAGGUCUGGGUGGCACCGGACUGGGCACACAGCUCCAGAACAAGACCGGUUUGCCCAGCAGCCUCGGCCAGUUUAACCUGGAUAAGAAGACUCCACCGAUGCAGGGCAUGGCUGGUAUGGCCUCCCAGCAGCCACCAGCAGGGGUGGCAGGACCCGUAGCAGGAACGGCGGCAGCAGCUGCAGGGGCAACCGGCAUGAUGUCCAGUGCACCGGGUGGCCUUGGCACCGUGGCGACGCCCCCUGGCGCUGCGGGGGCCCCGCCACCCCCCACGGCCGACCCAGAGAAGCGCAAGCUGAUCCAGCAGCAGCUGGUUCUCCUGCUGCAUGCCCACAAGUGCCAGCGGCGCGAGCAGGCCAAUGGGGAGGUUCGGCCGUGCUCCCUGCCUCACUGCCGCACUAUGAAGAACGUGCUGAACCACAUGACCCACUGCCAGGCCGGCAAGUCCUGCCAGGUGGCGCACUGCGCCUCGUCAAGACAGAUCAUCUCGCACUGGAAGAACUGCACGCGGCACGACUGCCCCGUUUGCCUGCCGCUGAAGAACGCCGGGGACAAGAGGAACCAGCAGACGCUGCUGGGCUCCGCCGGAGUGGGCUUGGCCAGUGCCCUGGGAACCGUGCCGGGAGGCCAGCCCAGCGCACCCAGCCUGAACCCGCCCAGCCAGAUCGACCCCAGCUCCAUCGAGAGGGCUUACGCCGCCUUGGGCCUCACAUACCAGGGUGCCCAGAUGCCCGCCCAGGCUCCCCAGACACAGCUGUCCGCUCAGGGCCUGCAGGGGCAGCCAGGGAUGCGGCCCCUGGGGGGCAUGGCAGGAGGGAGCCCCAUGGGUGUCAAUGGAGGCGUCGGGGUCCAGUCGGCCAGCCAGCAAUCCAGCCUGCUGCAGGACUCCAUGCUCCAUGGUGGCAUGAACGCGCAGAGUCUAAUGAAUGAUACCGCCGGGGUGGGCGUCUUGGGCUCCAUGCCCACAGCGGCUCCCCCGUCCGCGUCAGGCAUGAGGAAGAGCUGGCAUGAGGACAUCACACAGGACCUGCGCAACCACCUGGUGCACAAACUGGUGCAGGCCAUCUUCCCCACACCCGACCCAGCUGCACUCAAGGACCGGCGAAUGGAGAACCUAGUGGCCUACGCCCGCAAGGUGGAGGGUGACAUGUACGAGUCGGCCAACAGCAGGGCCGAGUACUACCAUCUCCUGGCGGAGAAGAUCUAUAAGAUCCAGAAGGAGCUGGAAGAGAAGCGGCGAACCCGGCUGCAGAAGCAGGGCAUGCUGCCCACACAGCCUGGCAUGCCGCCUUCCGGCCUGGGCCAGGGUCCCCCUGGACUGGGGCAGCCCCCCAUGCCACCCGGCCAGCCGCCCAACGGACCUCAUUCUGAUCCCUCUCUUGUCCGGUCCCCAGUGACCAACCAGAUGAACCGGAUGCAGAACCCUUCUGGUAUGGGCCAGUUCAGCCAGAUGGGAAUGCAGCCCAUGGCCCAGAGGUCCACGCCGCCUCUGCAGAUGGGCCUCCCCCUCGGCCAGGUGGGUAUGGGAAGCCCAAGAAUGGGCCAGCCAAAUGUGAACCAGCUCCAGAACCAGUACCUGCCCCCCAAUCAGUGUCCCGGAUCAGGACCUGGACUCGGGCCCGGCUCGGCUGGCAUGGCACAGCAGUCUCCGAUGGCCACACCCCCACCGCUUCCUGUAAGCAGUCCACUCCCCCAGACAGGACCAGUGGGGGGUGGGGCCCUGGUGGGGCCCAUGGGAUCUGGCGGCCCUGGUGGAGGCCCUCCCCCUGGCCUGCCUCCCCCCUCAGCCCAAGCCAGCAGCUCUCACCCGCACUGCCCCCCCCAGCUGCGGCAGAACUCGCCGUCCCCUGCCCGUAGUCUGACUCCCACCCCCCACCACACGCCGCCGGCGCUGGCGAGCUCGCAGACGCCCCAGCCGCAGACCCCCACGCCACCCCAGCUGGCUCCUCUGCCCCCCCAGCAGCAGUUAGCUCAGGCCAUGGGCCCAGGGAUGGGCUCGGACAAACCCGCUCAAUUGCUGCAGCAGCAGCAGCAACAGAUGGCAGGAAGUGCCCCUGGUGGGGCCCAGCCGGGGCUGACUUCCUCGGUGUCCACCCCGACUGCCCCCCUGCCACCCCAACUGCCACGCACUCCGCUGUCUCAAAGAUCAUCCCUGACUGCUGAUGGUCAGGUCUCCACGCCUGCAUCUGUUAGUAGUACCGAUGCUGGCUCUCAGCAUGCCCCGCCUGACCCCAAGAUGGAAGUCAAGCAGCCGGACGAGGAGGAUGAGGACGAGGGCGCGGACGGGAAAGCCUCAGGGAAGAUGGCCGCGAUGCACGCUGACAUGAAGGCCGAGGAGAAGCCUGAUCUUAAAAAGGAAGAAGCGGCAGGUGAUCGGUGCAAAGUGGAGCCCAUGGACACUGUGCUGGGGCCGGGGCUUGAGGACAGGAAGCCAGAUGUGAAAGUGGAGCCCAAAGAGGAAGAGGAGGGGUCAGGCUCGGCCGGUCCUCUGAGCUCUCCGCCCAGCGCUCAGAGCAAGAGGAAAAUCUUCAAGCCAGAGGAACUGCGGCAGGCUCUCAUGCCCACCCUGGAGGCUCUGUACCGGCAGGAUCCCGAGUCGCUGCCCUUCCGACAGCCGGUGGACCCCCAGUUACUGGGAAUACCCGACUACUUUGACAUUGUGAAGAACCCAAUGGACCUGUCCACCAUCAAGCGUAAGCUGGACACAGGCCAAUACCAGGAGCCCUGGCAGUACGUGGACGACAUCUGGCUCAUGUUCAACAACGCCUGGCUCUACAACCGCAAGACCUCGCGUGUCUACAAGUAUUGCUCCAAGCUGGCCGAGGUCUUCGAGCAGGAGAUCGACCCGGUCAUGCAGAGCCUGGGUUACUGCUGCGGCAGAAAGCUGGAGUUCUCCCCCCAGACCCUGUGUUGCUACGGUAAACAGCUGUGCACCAUUCCCCGUGACGCUGCGUACUUCAGCUACCAGAACAGGUACCACUUCUGUGAGAAGUGUUUCAACGAAAUCCAGGGGGAGAGCGUGUCCCUGGGGGACGACCCCUCUCAGCCACAGACAUCCAUCAACAAAGACCAGUUCGAGAGGAAGAAGAAUGACACGCUGGACCCUGAGCUGCUUGUUGAGUGCAUCGACUGUGGUCGUAAAAUGCACCAGAUCUGCGUCCUUCAUAACGAGACCAUUUGGCCAACAGGCUUCGUGUGUGAUAGGUGCCUGAAGAAGUCCAAUAAAACACGCAAGGAGAACAAAUAUGCAGCUAAAAGGCUGCCCCAGACAAAGCUCGGAAACUUCCUAGAAACGCGUGUCAACGAGUACCUCAGGAGGCAGAACCAUCCGGAAUCAGGCGAGGUCACCAUCCGCGUAGUCCACGUGUCCGACAAGGUGGUGGAAGUCAAACCGGGCAUGAAGGCCAGGUUCGUGGACAGCGGCGAGAUGGCGGAGUCAUUCCCUUACAGAACCAAGGCGCUGUUUGCCUUUGAGGACAUCGACGGCGCUGACGUCUGCUUCUUCGGCAUGCAUGUGCAGGAGUAUGGGUCCGACUGCCCGCCACCCAACCAGAGGCGUGUGUAUAUCUCCUACCUGGACAGUGUACACUUCUUCCAGCCACGACACCUGCGCACAGGCGUCUACCACGAGAUCCUCAUCGGGUACCUGGAGUACGUCAAAAAGCUGGGGUACACAACUGGGCACAUCUGGGCCUGUCCUCCCAGUGAGGGGGAUGAUUACAUCUUCCACUGCCACCCAAUGGACCAGAAGAUCCCCAAACCCAAGCGUCUGCAGGAGUGGUACAAGAAGAUGCUGGACAAGGCUGUGUCUGAGCGCAUUGUGCAUGACUACAAGGACAUCUUCAAGCAAGCAACAGAAGAUCGCUUAACCAGUGCCAAGGAGCUGCCUUACUUUGAGGGCGACUUCUGGCCUAACGUGCUGGAGGAGAGCAUCAAGGAGCUGGAGCAGGAAGAGGAGGAGCGGAAGAGGGAGGAGAACAGUACCUCCAGCGAGAGCAUCGACGCUACUAAGGGCGACAGCAAAAAUGCCAAGAAAAAGAACAGUAAGAAGACGAGCAAGAACAAGAGCAGCCUGAGCCGAGCCAACAAGAAGAAGCCAGGGAUGCCCAACGUGUCCAACGACCUGUCACAGAAGCUCUACGCCACCAUGGAGAAGCACAAGGAGGUGUUCUUCGUGAUUCGGCUGAUCGCUGGGCCCGCCGCAAACUCCCUGCCGCUCAUCGCGGACCCGGACCCGCUGAUGGCGUGCGACCUGAUGGACGGCCGCGACGCCUUCCUGACGCUGGCGCGCGACAAGCACCUGGAGUUCUCCUCACUGCGGCGUUCCAAGUGGAGCACCAUGUGCAUGCUGGUGGAACUCCACAACCAGAGCCAGGACCGCUUCGUCUACACCUGUAACGAGUGCAAGCAUCACGUGGAGACGCGCUUCCACUGCACCGUCUGCGAGGACUAUGACCUGUGCAUCAGCUGCUACAACACCAAGGGCCACGAACACAAGAUGGAGAAGCUGGGCCUGGGCCUGGAUGAUGAGAGCAACAGCCAGGCUGCCGCAGCUACGCAGAGUCCCGGCGACUCGCGGCGCCUGAGCAUCCAGCGCUGCAUCCAGUCGCUGGUGCACGCCUGCCAGUGCCGCAACGCCAACUGCUCGCUACCAUCCUGCCAGAAGAUGAAGCGUGUGGUGCAACACACCAAAGGCUGCAAGCGCAAGACCAACGGCGGCUGCCCCAUCUGCAAGCAACUGAUCGCACUCUGCUGCUACCACGCAAAGCACUGCCAGGAAAACAAGUGCCCCGUGCCCUUUUGCCUCAACAUCAAGCAAAAGCUACGCCAGCAACAGAUCCAGCACCGGCUGCAGCAGGCGCAGAUGCUGCGCCGGCGCAUGGCCAGCAUGCAGCGCACCGGCCAGCCCACAGGGGGCAGCGGAGCAGGAGGUCUGCCUUCCCCAGGGAACAGCAACUGUACCACCGCGCCUAGUACACCCACGUCGGUUGGGGCCCAGCCUCCGACGCCACAAACACCCACCCAACCCAGUGUGCAGUCUGUGCCCCCGCCCGGGGCGGGUGGGGGUGGCCCCCCACCGCACCACCUGCAGCAGAUGCCUGCUGGCGGCUUGAUGAACUCGCCGCAGCAGCAGCAACAGCAGAUGAUGCCCCAGGUGCCGCCACCGCAGCAACCGCAGCCGCAGCCUCCCCAGGCCCAGCAACUCCAGCACCCUAACAGCCUGCCACCCUAUGUGCCCCGCCAUCCAUUCUCCUCCCCACAGUCCCAGGGAAAGCCGGGGCUGGGUCCGGCCACUCCACCCCAGCAGCAGCAACAGCCGCAGUCCCUGCAGCCCAACCCUGGGCAGCCACCCAUGGCCCCGCAGCAGCAGCCGCCGCCACCUUCGUCGGGCCCACCUCCAGCGGCCGUCGAGAUCGCCAUGAAAAUCCAACGAGUAGCCGAGACCCAGCGCAAGAUGGCCCAGGCGCAGAUCCUGAAGAGACAGGCACCCAACCUGAUGCCUCCUCACCCCCACCACCAGCCCCCACAGCCCCAGGCCCCCAUAGGCAUGGGCCACCCCGGCGCCGGUAUGGUUGGUGCCCCUGGCCUGUCCCCGCAGGCCGCCAGGGCCCACAUGGAGCAGCAGCAGCAGCCGAACCCCCAGCAAGGAAUGAUGGUGCCGGUGGGCAUGCAGCAACCUCUGCCGCAGGGUAACCCUCAGAAUCAGCUCCCGCCGCAAAUGCCCCUCCCACAGCAAGGUGCCCCCCAGCUCCAGCCGCCCCAGCAGCAACCACAGCAGCAGCCUUGGGGAAACCCAUCCAUGCAGAUCCAGUCAAGGCCUGGCAUGAUGAGCCAGGCCAGUCACCCAGCCAUGAUGGCGGCCCAGCAGCAGCAGCCCGGCCAGGGGCCUGUAAUGGGUGUCCCGGCCGGAGGCGGUGGGUUGGCGGGUGGCGGCAGCCUCCCUCAGGCUGCCCUGCAGGAGCUACUGCGUGCCCUUCGCUCGCCCAGUUCGCCGCUGCAGCAGCAGCAAGUGCUGGAGAUCCUGCGCGCCAACCCGCAACUCAUGGCUGCCUUCAUCAAGCAGCGUGCUUCCCGCUAUAAGGGCGGGGCCCCAGGAGGGGGCGGUGGCAUUGCUGCGGUCCCAGGUGCCAUGGGUCCCUCUGCUGUCAACGUGAAUGCCGGUGCUUCGGCCGCAGGCAUGCACAUGGGCCAAGGUAUGGGGAUGCCCCCUAUGGGUCCGCUCCAGCAACAGCAGCAGCCGCAGCAACAGCAGCAGCAAGCUGGCCUGCAGGGCCAAGCUGCCAACAUGGCCAAUAUGAACCCCCAGUUCAGAGAGCUGCUGAUACGGAGACACCAGCUCCAGCAGCAGCAGCAACAACAACAACAACAGCAGCAGCAGCAGCAGAUGGGCGCCCACGGCCAGUUCCAGCAGCCACAGCCGCCCCAGCAGCAGGCAUACCUGGGGCAGCAGCCCGGCCAGCCUCAGCCUGGGGGGCCGCAGCCCGGUCAGCCGCAGCAGGCCUACCCGGGCCCCGCGCUCCAGCAGCGGCUCCAGUCACAUCAGCACCACCUGCAGAUGCAGCAGCAGCAGAAUGCCAUGUUGCAGGGGGGCGACGGUGGGGGUGGAGGCCCCCCCCUCCAGCAGCCGCAGCAGCCCCCGCCCCCUCAGGGCGGACCCCAGGCCACGUCCUCCCAGCCCAUGCCCAUGCUUCCACAGGCCCUGCACCAGCGGCUCCUGCAACAGCAGCAGCAACACUUGGGCGGCGGCUCCCCGGCCCAGCAUGGCAGCCCCAUGAGCCCCCAGCAGAACCCCAUGUCGCAAUCGCCCCACCCGCACCUGCAGGGGGCGCCCCUAACGGCUGCCUCCUCGCUGAGCAGCCAGGUGCGCUCGCCCCAACUGUCACCACGUCCGCAGUCGCAGCCACCGCGCUCAAGCCCCUCGCCCCGCAUGCAACCCCAGCCCUCCCCCCACCACAUCUCCCCUCAGACCCAGACAGGGUCCCCGCAUCAGGGCCACCUGCCCCAGCACCACCCAGCCAUGGGAGUCCCUCAGCCCCUGGCCCAGCAACAGCAGCAGCAAGGCCCCAUGGACCCAGGGCCCUUCGGCAGCGACCCGAACGCUAUGCUGUCUCAGCUUAGCAGCAUGGGGGCCCUGCAUGGGCCCGGAGCCACAGAGCUAAUGGGCGGCAGCAGUCAGGACGUUAAUCACAGUACCUUAGACAUGAUGUAGCAUCGCAAGUGCAUCACAAACCGGGGGCAGUGUUAGGAUUUUUAUCAUUAUUAUUGUUAUUAUUAUUAUUAUUAACAUUAUUUAAUAUUUUUCCAGUACAAUAAAAAUGAACUGAACUUCCUAUGGGAGACUCUACAAUAAGGCAAUGAAUGAAUAAAAAUUUAAUGAAUGGUAAGUUAUUGCUGUUAAUAUAUAUAUUUUUUUUUGCUAAUUGUGUACAAAAUGGGGGAUAAUUUUGUCUGUCUCCUGCAGAGAAUAAGACACAGGUAAUAUUUUUUGGGGUGGGGAGGGAAAAUUUGCCUUUUUAAAGAAAUAUUUUUAAGAUUUUAAAAGUGGUGGAGAAUUAAUGAACAAAAUGGUUAAAUGCAAGGAUUUUUUUUAUUGUAAAUUUUCCUCCAUAAAUCAGUCUCUGUUUUUGGUUUUGCAGAUUGAUGUGGGAUUAUUAUUAUUAUUAUUAUUAUUAUUAUUAUUAUUAUUAAUCAAUCCAAACAUUGCAUCAUAUCUUCCUUUAAAGUUUGGGUUUGUUUUAUUUAUUUUAGUUUUUUUGACGGUUUAAUGGUAUAAUGGUGUACUUUGAGACUGCUACAUUGAGAGUAUAUUUUUGUUAACUGUCUGAAUGGAUGAUCAUCCUGCUUUUCCUUUUUUAUGCUGGUCCGAGGUUAAGGUUUGGUGCACGGUGUAAGCGGCCAAUUUCCUUUGGUUUUGGUUUUUAAUUUUGUUUUCCGUUCCUUCAUACCGUGUCGGACGGGCCGAGCCAUUAAACAUCAGUGUUCUGCUGGGGCGCCCCCUUCACCCAGCCCCCCCCAAUCCCCCAUGACUGUGGGUUAGCUCCCUGCAUUGAGACACAUUUAUCAAAAGAGGUGGGGGCACAGAGGAAGCAUUUACUGUACCUGUGUCUGGAGUGGAUUAUUAUGGUAGGUAAUGGGGGGGAUUUGUUCAUGGGUGUGUGGGGGGGGGGUCAAUCUGGAGACCUUUAAAUUCUGCCAGGAGGAUUUUCAGUAAGGGUGUACUAGAAGGCGGAGCUUCUGCGUUCCAUGGACUGUACUGAAGAAAAAGGAGGACGGACGAGGAGGAACCAGGAGGUGCAGGAGGAGGAAAAGGAAUAUGUCAGACUAACCCUUUCUCCUCGGCGUCAGACCCUUGCUGCUUCCUCUGGGCUGAGACCCUAUGCACUCCAAAAACGCUGACGCUCCACUGCGCCCCCUUCAGGAGGCCACGGCCUGCCUGCCUUCCUUACAGCCCCUCUUUGUGCUCAGAACUUUGGGAUUUUAAUUUAAUAUUUUUUACUGUACAAAGUAAAACUGUGGACUUAAGUACUUUUUUUAAAUAAAAUUGAAAGUUUAAAAAAAAA